ACUUGCAGACCUCCUUCACUGAAAAACACAAAUCGCUAAGAAAUUGUACAUCAAUGGCGGCGACAGAGGAAGAGAUGACAACGACGACGAAGGAAGGCGCUGACCUAUUGGGGAAGCCAAAGUAUAAGAAACUCGACAACGGGAGAUUUAAAUGUGUGCAGACGGGUCACGAGCUACUCGAGAAAGACAAGAAGGUCUAUUCACAAAGUAAACGUUGUCGUUUAGGGCUUAUUGAUUAUGCCUUAUCUCACAGCAAGCCUCCUCUCAACUUGUUCGAGCAAGAUCCUAACGCCCGCUCAAAACUGAAGUGUAAGCUAACGGGUGAUACGGUAAACAAGACUGAGGAACAUAUUUGGAAGCAUAUCACUGGACGGCGCUUCCUCAACAGAUUAGAGGAGAAGGAACGAGAGAAAGAGUCUGGAUCUAUUCCAGAGGAAGGUGGAGAAACACCGGCAAAGGAAAAUGGCGUAAAGGAAGAAGAGAAGAAAAAGAAGAAGAAGAAGAACAAGAAAAAAGAGAAGAAGAAAAACAAGAAGUCAGUUGAAAAGGAAAAGAAUGGCGAGGAUGUUGUUGAUGAAGUCGAACAUGAAAAUGAUGAAGCUGUUGAGGAGGAGGAGCUUGAGUUUUGGAUGCCUCCAGAUGGAGAGAGGUGGGACUUUGAUGAUGGAGGAGACCGGUGGGGAUCAGAUUCAGACUCAGAAGAGGAAAUUAAUGAGGAAGAAGAUCCAAUAGGUGAAUUUGAUGAAGAUGGAGAGAUUAGUAUGGAAAUAGGUGAAGUUGAUGAAGAUGGCAAGAUUGUUUUGGAUGCGACUCAUGCCAGGUAGGAAAAAGAGUAUCUAACUUUUGUUUGAAUCAGAAAAGUAGUUAACUACCAGAUUUUUAGUUUAGAUUGGUAUAUACUGAUAGAUAACGAAUGAACUUAGAACUGUGUUGAAGCAAAGUUAGGUGUGUGUUCUUCUUACUAUUAGAUUAGGGUAGAGUUAAGUAUUCGUAUUACUGAAGAGUUUAAUGAACUGUGUUGGUAGCA